AUGGACAUUUCACUUCAAAUUGACACUGCAAAACGUCAAGCGCGUUAUGUUGAACUUUGUUUUCAGUACCGCGAUGUUAUGGAAAAGUUGUACUGGCAAGACAACAAGCUCCUAGCAAACAAACUUGAAUGUGGUCGAAUGAGUAGCAACCUUUGUGAAAGCCAAGCUUCCGAAAUUACUGUUGCUCAGGCCGUGAAGUUACAAUGCAAGGUUGAGUUACUAGAGGGAAAGUGUAAACUUAUCCAGGCAAACGUGGACAUCAGAAAAGAGGAUUACCAAAAGAAAAUUGACGCGAUUAAACUACGAGUUUUUGAAAAGGAUCAGUUGAUUAAAAGUAAGUUCUAGGUUGGUUUAUACUACCCGAUCAUGGCCCAAAAAGUCUAAAACGUUUGAUUCAGUUUUUUUUUUUUCAAACUAGUACCAUUUUUUUCUAUAUAUUUUAUAAACUGCCAUUUGCCGGGCAAGUCUUCUUCUAUAUGCCUCCAAAAUAUAUAAAAUCAAACAGCCUUAACAGUGGCUCGCCAGAGUAUAAAAUCUGAAUCCUAACUCUUAAAAGUUUCUCCUCGAUUCAUUGCUGUUUGUAAACUUUGGGGUUAUUGAAACUAUAUGGCCUCUUACCCAACGUAUACUACCUUUUGAGCAAAAAUCAAUCACUAAAGAACACAGCAAAACCUUUUUGCGUGUUACUAACGCUAAUCUGUCUUUUACAAUGCUACAAUAGCUUACCGCUAGACGUAAACGCCAUAUGUUAAAUACUGUAUUACUAUUUUUUAAAAAAACGCAUGUAAUCUCUUUCAGUGCUGUAACAGACCGUCGAUGACGCGGUCAAAAAAUACAAAAGCAUUCCCGACUAUCUUCGACACGCUGCAGUUUCAAUAACUAAUGGCGAAAUGGAUGAUAGACCGGUCUUAGUGAAAUUCCUGGAAGAUCUUGGCAAGUAUUGUCUGCGUGGAAGAACUAAGUUUUCCGAAGAAACUCUUAGUGUAUUUGCUGCUGUACUCAAUUUUAGCCCGGCAGCAGCAAGGACAUUUGCAUUGAAUUUGUUUGGACCUUGUGACUCCCAGGUUCGAUUAUUUAGCAAAAGGUCUGUUGCUGCUGAAUUUUGCAUUAAGGAGGAGACUUUGAAAGCUGCUGCAAAUUAUUACAAAUCCUGCAAAUACAAAGGCCCAUUUGAAAUUGCAAUGGAUGCUACCGCAGUUACUGCUGUUGUAAGAUUGGAUUUGAAACAGAGAAUUCCAAUUGGUUUUGUCGAGGGAGUGGAAGGUCAGGGUCCUGUAACUACUGGUCAAGACCUUUAUAACCGUUUUUUCCCAAAUGGUCAACCUGCUAAACGUGCAACACAGGGAAUGCUCAUUCUUCUUCAGCCACUUCAAGAAGGCAUCCCAGCGUAUCCUGUUGGCAUUAUACCUGUGAGUGGUAAAGAGAAUCGGGACCAUAUAUCUCGAUGGUACGAGACAACGUAUGAAUUUGCACUUAAUAGCGGAUUAAGAGUAAUAGGGCUUGGUGCCGAUGGAUGUUCGCUGGUUCGAUCAUAUUACUCAACUUAA